UCCAACCCAUUAUACAAUGCGCCUGAGUGCUGUGCUGCGAUGUCGCAGCGUUAUCAAGCAACAAUAUGUGCCCCAGCACAAACCAGUGCUGGACGAUGACAUAAAGCGUUUGGAGGACUUUAUGCUGUCAAAACCAAACAUUUUGGUGCUCACUGGCGCUGGCAUCUCCACAGAAUCAGGCAUACCCGACUAUCGUUCGGCUGGCGUUGGGCUGUACGCGCGCACCAAUCACAAGCCCAUACAGCACAUCGAAUUCCUCAAAUCGUCCAGUGUGCGAAAACGUUAUUGGGCCCGCAACUUCGUGGGCUGGCCAAAUUUCUCGAGCACCCAGCCAAAUGGUACGCAUCAUGCGCUGGCGCGCUUUGAGCGUGAGAUGCGCAUCCAAUCGGUGGUCACCCAGAACGUGGAUCGGCUGCACACAAAGGCCGGCUCCAAGAGCGUGGUGGAGCUGCAUGGCAGCGGCUAUGUGGUCAAGUGUCUGGGCUGUGAAUAUCGCAUCGAUCGGCACGAGUUCCAGAGCAUAUUAACCUCACUGAAUCCGGCGUUUAAGGAUGCGCCCGAAAUGAUACGGCCCGAUGGCGAUGUGGAAAUACCAGCUGAAUAUAUUGAGAAUUUUCAAAUACCCCCAUGUCCGCAAUGUGGCGGCGAUCUCAAGCCGGAAAUUGUAUUCUUUGGCGACUCUGUGCCCCGAGAUCGUCUCGAUGCGAUUGCCAAAAUGGUUUACAACAGCGAUGGCCUGCUGGUGCUCGGCUCCAGUCUGCUGGUCUUCUCCGGCUAUCGCAUAGUGCUCCAAACCAGAGACCUUAACCUGCCGGUGGCUAUUGUCAAUAUUGGAGAGACGCGUGCGGAUCAUUUGGCCGACAUUAAAAUCGCGGCCAAGUGUGGCGAUGUGAUACCCAAGCUCUUCGAUUAUCGUGCCACAACUUAGGCGUACUCUAUUUUCGAACUCGAUUUUUUGUUUAUUUUUAUUGUAAUACAAAUUGUUGACAUUUUA